UUUAGAAAUUAAGAAGCAAAAGUAGAUGGACAUUGAAUUUGUUCAAAAAUUAAAUUGGUAAGAACACAACAAAAUUAAAUUAUUCUAAUGGAUAUUUUAAUUGCAAAAUGAAUUUGAUUCAUACACGUCAGCGGUGAACAGGGCCCACCAACGUGUUAAAAAAGUCAAAAGCUGGUCAAGUAGGCCCCACUUCGGAGUGCCACGAGGGAUGCACAACCAAAUUCCCAACUUGAUGACACUCAGCCUUCGCCUUCACCUUCACCGAUUUUUGUAGUUUCUUCCUCCUAAAUUGUUCUCUUCCUAAAAUCUCCCGCAACCGCCCUAUUCAAACCAUGUCAUUUUCUUGCUAUCUAAUUAAUUACCCACAACCAAUAACUUCUCUACCAUUUCUAUACUUCAAUCUCUGAUUCCCUCAAACGCAGACCAAAUUAUGGCGACGCUAUAUUUGUUUCGUUUCGAUCUCUCUUCUAUCGGCCGGAGCGAAAAUCCCGGCCGUCAUCUCCACCGAUUCAGGGGACAAGGGCACUUAGAACCCUCGUGGGUCUUACGCCGACGGAAUGUGGUCGCCGUGAAGUCUGUCAAGGCGUUUUACGGUGGCGCGUAUGGGUUGAAUGAUAAUAAGACGGGUUUGAUCUGUACUGCCGAUGAGCUUCAUUACGUCUCGGUUCCUAACUCUGAUUGGAAGCUCGCUCUCUGGCGUUACCCCCCUUCUCUUCGGGCGCCAUCGAGGAAUCAUCCGCUUUUGCUGUUAUCAGGGGUUGGGAGCAAUGCUCUUGGAUACGAUCUUUCUCCAGAGUCCUCAUUUGCUCGCUACAUGUCCAACCAAGGAUAUGACACAUGGAUUCUUGAAGUUCGAGGAUUGGGACUUAGCACAACUGAGAAGAUAGAAUCUGAAACACUGGAAAAGCAGCCAUUAGUCAAGGCCAGUGUAUAUGAAAAUUCUGAGGGUUCCAAUGUCUCUUCUAGAGAUGGACAGACUUCUAACAUUGCUACUCAACUUGGGCAAUGGAAUAAGAAUCUUAUCAAUAUAAUUGACGGAGCUCAACAAUUGGGUCCAUUCCAGCCUUUUGUACAAGGUGUUACCUCUGCAUUAGAAGAGUUCCAGGAACAACUUGAUGUGUAUGAGAAGUACGAUUGGGACUUCGACCACUACUUGGAAGAAGACGUGCCUGCUGCGAUGGAGUACAUAAGGAAUCAAUCCAAACCAAAUGAUGGCAAGUUGCUAGCGAUCGGCCACUCGAUGGGGGGUAUCUUGCUAUAUGCCAUGAUCUCUCGCUGUAGCUUUAAGAAAGUUGAUCCGCAGUUAGCAUCAGUUGUUACUUUGGCUUCUUCACUUGACUACAGACCAUCAAAUUCAUCACUCAGACUUCUUUUACCUUUGAAAGAUCCUGCACAAAAUUUUAAUGUUCCAGUGUUUCCCAUCGGGCCAUUGCUUGUUAUUGCUCAUCCUCUUGCAUCACGUCCUCCUUAUGUUUUGGCUUGGUUAAAGGACCAAGUAUCUGUGGAAGACAUGUUACAUCCCACCUUGCUUGAGAAGCUUGUGUUGAAUGGCUUUGGAUCUGUGCCUGCAAAGGUUCUCUUGCAGCUAUCUUCCGUGUUUGAAAAGGGGGGCUUACGUGACAGGAACGGUACAUUCCAGUACAAGGAUCAUCUACGCCAAGGCAAUGUUCCAAUCCUUGCUCUUGCUGGAGACCAAGACCUUAUUUGUCCACCUGAAGCGGUAUAUGAAACUGUGAAAGAAAUUCCUAGGCAGUUAGUUUCCUACAAAGUUCUUGGCAAGCCUGGUGGACCUCACUAUGCUCACUAUGAUAUUGUGGGAAGCCGUCUGGCAUCAAGUGAAGUAUAUCCGUUGGUAGCUGAUUUUCUUAACCGCCAUGACAUGGUUUGAUUUUACCAUACCAUUCAGCUCCUUUAGAUAUAUACAUCCCACCAGUUGAAAUAAGGAACAGUAGUGUAUCUUCCAUGAUAAAGUAUACGAAGAUUUCUCACUGUAUAUACACAAUUGUAUGACCAAUAUACAACCCUGUGAAGAAUAUAUGAAGCGAAUUAUUGGCUAGGGAAGGUCUAGGUUAUCUAA